AUGAGGUAUCUGCAGCUUGGUCUGGCUUUUGCCGGAUUUCAAUGCCUGCUCGUUGGGGCCGUCGAGGUUGUCCAGGUUGGCCCCAAUGCCAAAAUUGACCACGGUAAAAUCAAAUAUACGAGACCUGGCUCGGACUUUGAGGAGAGCUUCGGUUGCGCCGAGGGCAGCGGCAAAGGCCUUGCUUUUAGCCGUGACAAACAGUACGUUGCUUGCUGUGCUCCUGCUCAGCAUCUUGGGGGCAGCCAGUCCACUCAGUUCAUUUGCUGUGGCGAAGGGCAUGACGUUUCUGGCUCAGGUAGCCAUGGCUAUCACUGCUGCCCAACUGGGCAGAGUUAUGACGGCAGAAUAUGUCACGAAAGCCAUGGCCAGGGAGGUAAUCGUGACCAUUCCCACGACAGCCAUACCCAACCACAGACGAUACUAACUAGAGGCGGAGGCGGCGGCGGAGGGGGGGGAGGAGGAGGAGGAGGAGGAGGAGGAGGCGGUGAUAAGAAUAGCGGCGGUGGUGGUGGUGGUGGUGGAGGAGGAGGAGGAGGCGGAAAUAAGAGCGGCGGCGGUGGAGGGGGAGGUGGUGGUGGUGGUCAUAACGGCGGAGGCGGCGGUGGAGGAGGAGGAGGAGGUGAUGAUGGAGAUAAAGGAAACGGAAAAUGCUAUCUUUUCAAGAUGGAAAACGGGCAGUAUCUCGGGUAUGAUAGCAGGCCUGCCGUCAACGCCUACACGGCCGGCCAAGACAGUGCCACUCACCACAUGGGAAAGUUCCGCUUCUGCAAAGAUCAAAACUGCACCAAAGGCUGCAGCGUGAACCCGGGAGAGGGCUUCGCUAUUCUCGAUAUUCACGGGGCAUCCAACACCGGAGCUGGGUCCAACACCUUCCUCGACGCCAAGCCCAACGGUGGCCACAUCGGCAAGACGCCAGACUAUAAUACGGCCGGGCUCUUCACCAUCACCAAAUGGACAUGGGGCAAGUACUGUCUCGGUGGCUUUGAUAACAAGGGAGUUGGGCCAACAUGCCCGAGCCUGGAGCCGGCGCUCACAUUCAACACGCUCGACCCGCAGUCGUGUCUACCCCUGGAACUUGUCGAAGUGCCAUGCGACAUCCGUGACCGGAAAAACAACUGUCGAUGGAAGAAGACUCCGGGGAGCUGCGGUCCCGGAGACAGCCGUCACUGUCAUUGUAACAAGUCGUAG